AUGGUCUCUUUCUACGAAUUAAAAGCUGAAAAACCAAAAGGUCAAGAAUACACCUUUGAUCAAUUAAAGGGAAAAGUUGUCCUUGUCGUAAACACUGCUUCAAAAUGUGGUUUCACACCUCAAUUCGAAGAAUUGGAAAAGCUACACAAAGAAUACGCUGAGAAAGGUUUGGUAGUAUUGGGCUUCCCAUGCAAUCAAUUCGCCAAUCAAGAUCCAGCAGAUGAUGAAGGCAUUGGUGCAUUCUGUCAAAAGAACUACGGUGUUUCUUUUGACGUUAUGGCAAAAAGUGACGUAAACGGAGGAAAUACAAAUGAAGUUUUCAAAUUCCUCAAAGCUGCUAAACCUGGUUUACUCGGUACACAAGGUAUCAAGUGGAACUUUACCAAAUUCUUGAUUGCAAAAGACGGUACCGUUGUGGAAAGAUAUGCUCCUACCGUCAAACCUUCGUCAAUUGAACCAAAAGUCAAAGAACUCUUGGGUGCCUAA